AUGGCAGUGCUCCCCUACUGGCAUCGAUACUACGUCUGUCAACGUGUGCUAUUGCCGUCAGAAGAGCUGAUCGAGCGCAAGCUGAGUGUUGCUGGACUGACUCUCUUCCUUGUCAAGCGUGACAAGAAGGUCUCGGAAGCUGCUACCACUUCGGAAGAGGGCAACACGACAACGACGCGGAGAUUCGAGUUGUCGAAAAGUCGCAAUGGACUGCCCACGUUGAACCGAAGUGCGUUCGAGCGCAGUCUCAAUCGAAGCGCUUUCGAGGCGAACGGGUACGCAAAUGGCGGCGGCAUGGACCGAAGUUUCAACCGCAGCGACGUCGAGCGCAGUUUCAACCGCAGCGGCCUCGAAGCGAGCUUUGGGCAGAGUGGGUUCGACCACAAGUUUGAGCAAAGUGGGUCCGAGUCGAACCUCAGUGCCAGUCGCAGUGGACUGGACAAGAGCUUCUCGCACAGUCAAUUGAAUCAGAGCCUGCAGCUCGUGGACGGUCAGGCGUCCAUGAUCGCAAUGCUCGGGCGCGUGGAGAACCCAAUGAUGGGCUCUGUGGUGAUCAUGAACCGCGUCGACUCGGCGGCAGAUAGCCUUCGGCUGCGCAAAGAGGAAGCGGAACGUCAAGGCUGCGAGAGUGUGAUUCCGUUCCCAGCUUUGACGCGGCGCUUCGAAGUGAAUCUGCUGUCGCAACGACACAUUGGACUGCUCGUGUCGACUGGGUUUGCCGGUAUUAUGCUCACGUGUUUGUCCCGGGGCGUGCUCCCGCUGCUGAAACAGGAGCUGGGGAUGCAGGCGCAUCAAGCCGACGCUGCGGCCGUGCUGAUCCAACUUCCGUGGUCCUACAGCUUCAUUUGGGGCUUCAUCUCGGACGCAGUGCCGAUUCUCGACUCCCGCCGCAAGGCGUACAUGAUCCUCGCGUGGAUGAUGACCAUGCUCGCGUGCUUUUCCAUGGCUCUGCUGGACCAAUUCGUCUCGUACCGAGCGAUGGACAAUGACGAGACGUCUGCCGACGUGUUACGGCAUGCUGCUUCGCUCAUGGACGUCUACGUCGUGUUGCUCAUGUUGGCGAACUUUGGUUGCAUCGUGGCGCUCGUGAUCGGCGAGACGUAUGUGAUUGCCCAAACGCGUCGGGAACGCCUGACUGUUCGUGGCGGGACGCUUGGCACGCUGCUGAUGGCCCAGUAUGCAGGUCAGUUCUUCGGCCAAGUGAUUGCCAACUACGCGAUCUUCCAGAUCUCGGAUGCCGGGGCGACGGCUAAGGUCACGUUGCGACAGACUAUGCUGUUCUUCGUGUUCUACACGAUCGUGCCGCUCAUCGGACUGUGCACGUGCUUUUACGAGAAGGGCGACCCACCGGCGAUCAAUGCAGCGCGCGAUCGAUACAACCGGGCCACCAUUGGCGACACGGCAACGUCCGUGUCCGAGCUCCAGCGAGCGUACAUUACGGCAUCGAACUUCUUCCAGCGCUUGUUGCUGGCUAUCCGUGGCCACUGGAUUCGCCUGCGCAGUGCGCUGGGCAAAGAGUCGACGUCGCGGGUCAUCCGGUUCUUGAUUGGGUUCAUCCUCAUGGCCGAGUUCUCGCUCACGUAUCCGAUCCAUCGCCUCGAGCAGUGGUGUGGCAUGACGGCCAAAGCUGCAGCAACGCGCAGCAGCAUGUCGGAAGUGUUUUCAAUGCUGCCCGUGAUCGUGUGGAAAUACUUCUUGCUGAAUCACGACUGGCGCUGGUGCAUGUUCUCGAGCUUUAUCAUUGUCACGCUAACCCCUCAGCUCGUCUACUACCUCAUGGCCACGCUGCACCCGGCAUCCCGGAACGUCGAUGUCUACGCAGUCGUGUCGGCGCUCACGUCUUUUUUUCGCAGUGGCAUUGUGAUCUUGGAACUUGCUGUCACGGCUGAAAUCGCUCCUGUAGGUGGCGAAGGCGCGUUUGUCGGCAUUGUCGUGUCGAUCGCUUCGAGUAUGCGGCUCAUGUCGAACACUGUCUCGAACUCGAUUGGGUUUAUGUUUGAAGGUGUCGAGCACUCGGUCAGCAGCAGGUCCGACCCCGACAGGAUGCAAGUGGCGUUUGCUUUGGCACUGUCGCACAUCAUUCGAGCCCUCGGGCUCGUGGCGCUGGUGUUUUUGCCAAAGCAGAAGCGAGAUCUCCAGCGUCUGCAUCGGUAUGGCGACAAAAACAAUCGAUGCACAACGUGGUGGAUCCUCGCAUGCCUCGCUGUGGCUUUCGUUGUGAGCACGGUGUUUAACGGAUUGGCCAUUGCAUCGUCAACGUCUUGCUUGACAAUUGUUGGCGGCAGUGGCUGCUAG